UUCCCGUUCCCAUGAACAAAAAUCUCCUAUACACGCGAGUAACACGGUGGCGCGGCUUCUCGUCUCCCAAAUCAAACCCUAACCCUACGCCUCCUUUAGAUCCCCACGAGGCUUACGAUCGAUGAGCACCGGGAGAGAUGUGCACGGCAAGCCGGACGACGCCGCCGGCAGCAUCGACUCGUUCUCGCAGCUGCCGUUCAUCCGCCAGGCACGCGAGAUCGAGAAUCAGCAGCGGCCGUCAAGCUCCAGCCCCGUUCCCAUCCGGCUGUUCGGGUUCGAUGUCCCGCCGGACGCUGCAGCGGCAGCCCCCACCGUCGUGCCAGGAGCUAAUUAUAUGGAUAGAGCCGCCGCCGGCACCGCUGCUGCUGAUGACGACGCGGCUUCCCCAACGGCGGGUGCAGGCGCAAUCCGAAGCGGGUCUCGGAAGUUCGAGUGCCAAUACUGCUGCCGGAACUUCCCAACGUCGCAGGCUCUCGGCGGCCACCAGAACGCGCACAAGCGGGAGCGGCAGCACGCCAAGCGCGCGCAGUUCCAGGCGGCCAUGGCCAUGCACCACCACCACCACGGCCACUACUACGCGCUCUCCGACCCCGCCGCACAUGUCUACCCCACCUACUCCGCGUACCCCCAUCACCACCGCUUCUCCGCCGUGCCGCCGCGGCCGCCUCCGCACUACCCCUCAUGGGCAGGCGCCACCGGAUACUACAGCGGGCCCGGGUCCAUCUCGCAGCCCAUCAACGGCAGCCCGGUGGUUCCAGGGCUGUGGCGUGUCCCCGUCGCCGGCGUCGGCGUGGGGAUGCCUCUUGCCGCUCUACGUCAGGAACCGCGGGCUCGUCAUGUGUCGUUGGCCGGAGGCGAGGAGCCAGCGGUGGUGGGAAGACGACCUGGAUCCACGUCGUUCUCACCGUCGACCUCCUCUUCUUCGUCCUCCGCUUCGCAUCAUGAGCGCCGUGUCCCGCCGGAGCGUAAAGAGAAUGUGAGUUUGGAUCUGAGCUUGUAGCUCCUGAGAAAUGAUGGUCGGUGUGUCAGCCUCUUCUCAUUAUGGUUUUUUCUUACAGUACAAAACAAAACAAAAAGCAAAUGUUUUCCUUUGCUGUCCUGGCAUGUUCGGAUUCUUACACUCAGAGGGUAAUACCACUCGUACCAAAUUAUAUUAACCAUGCAUGCAUGUGUUGCUUGACCAGGUUUUGCCAAAUCCAUGAUUUCUAGCUCUUGGAUAUUUCUUGUUAAUUUUAUGUUUUACCAGUAGCGCUUAAUCUUU